CCUCAGGCCUGCCCAACACCAUGCACAUGCCCGGCGCCCCCCCUCCGUUCUCCGGCAUGGAGGAGAUGGGCGUCGGCUCCAACCGAGCCAAGCGCUACUCGUCCCAACGGCAGAGACCCGUCCCCGAGCCGGCGCCGCCCAUGCACCUGGGGGUGAUGGAGGGGCACUACUACGAACCCAUGUCGUACCAGGGACCAAUCUAUGCCCACGGGGACGGCCCCGCCCCCAUCCCGCCGCAAGGCAUGCUGGUCCAGCCGGAGAUGCACAUCCCCCACCCCGGUGAGUGUG